AUGAAUGAAACCAAUCCCCUUCAGACGUCCGUGCGCCAGGCAGUCCCACUCGACACACACAUCUCCGCUGGUGCGCCAGCCCCAUCGCAGCACAAAUAUGCGCCUUCGGUGGUGGUGGCGGCCACGCGGCCCCCCCCCUUCCCCCACCAGCGUGCCAGGCGUCUCACGGCACCACUUGUGACGCUGCGUGUGUGCCUCUUCUACACGGGCACACGAACACCCUCCCCGACGCCUCGCGCCACAUUAAACGGCAGCACCGUCGUGUAUGCAGCACGCAGCGCAGUAGGGCUUGGCCUCCGCAACAGCCCCCCCUAA